AUGGAACCUGACGACUUUGAAGACAAGGAGAUGUUGAGCUGGGAUAUUAAUGAUAUGAAGCUGCCACAGAAUGUGCAAAAGACUGACUCGUUCCAGGAGUGGCCAGAUUCCUACGUGAAGCAUGUCUACAGCUCUGAAGACAGGAACGCACAGAGGCACCUGAGCAGCUGGGCCAUGCGCAACACCAACAACCACAACUCCCGCAUCCUCAAGAAGUCCUGCCUGGGCGUGGUGGUGUGUGGCCGCAACUGCUCUACAGAGGAGGGGCGCAAGAUCUACCUGAGACCUGCGAUUUGCGACAAAGCCAGGCAGAAGCAGCAGCGGAAGCACUGUCCCAACUGCGAUGGACCGCUCAAGCUCAUUCCAUGCCGGGGCCACGGUGGAUUCCCGGUCACCAACUUCUGGAGGCAUGAUGGCCGCUUCAUCUUUUUCCAGUCAAAGGGGGAACAUGAUCAUCCAAAACCAGAAACCAAGCUGGAAGCCGAAGCAAGAAGAGCAAUGAAGAAAGUGCACACUGCAUCUUCCUCCAUCUCCCUAAAGCUGAAGAGGAGCCCAGACACAAGGCCUUUUCCAGGUGAAACACAAAGUCAAGGAAGUUUCCCUUUAACUUGGUCUUUCCAAGAGGGUGUCCAGUUGCCUGGUAGUUACAGUGGACAUUUAAUAGCUAACACUCCCCAGCAUGCAGCCUUCAAUGAUUGCUUAUCAUUCUCCAAGAGCUAUGGUCCGGGGGAAACCACCAGUCUGGCAGACCAGGCUUCCAUGCUGGACCCCACCAAGCUCUAUGAAAAACGCAGAUUUUCCUCCAAUAGGCUCUACAAUAGUGGAGACCUGCUUCAGCCUUCUGCCUCUGGAGUCUACCCGGAUUACGACGAUCUGCAACCAUGGAGCAAAAAUGCUGCUUUGGGGAGAAAUCCUCUUAAUGACAAUUAUUGCCCCAAUUACCCUUUUCCUCUGACCAGCUGGCCUUGUGACUUCUUUCCUUCCCAGAACUCUUCUGAACCCAUUUCCCAGCAGAUUCCGUUGGAACCACCUGCAGCCAAAACUGGCUGCCACUCCUUAUGGCCAAAUCCAGGAGGAGACGUUUAUGAAGAGAAAGCACCUAUGGAUUUUAACAGCUAUGUCCCUUCCUUCAUGUACCAUGCACCCCAGGAAGACCCCUUUCUCCUCACCUAUACCUCUCAUCCUCACCAGCAAUAUUCACUGCCAGGCAAGAGCAACAAGUGGGAGUUUGAUGAAGAAAUGAUGUGCAUGGAUUUGGAGCACUGCAACAGUGAAAUGCUUCUAAACCUCUGUCCUUUAAGAUGA